CCGAUGCGAUCGGCUCUUUGGUCCAUUGACAGGGAGCAGCAAUGGCAUCUACCUCAACGCCAGUGGCUGCGUAAUCUGACUGUUCGCAGCCGUUCCAACGUGAUCAGAUGGCCGGAGCUUGGUAGUCCAUGUUGGCAGCAGCACGGCGGUCCCUGAGCACAUCGCUGCGGCGCAGAAUGGCAGCUGUCUUAGAAAAACCUGCGGUGCCCGCGGAGAACGGUCUGCACAAGGUCUCAACAGGACAAGAAAUGGAUGGUCCUCAGACUUCAAGCGGUGCUGGAUCACUGCCUGCGUGCUUUGACCAUGCCCUGGCAUCCAUCAGACACCCGCUGGGGAGCAAUCAGCAGGUGUAUGCGAUUGGAGGCCUUGGCGAGCCUGCUGAGAGCCCUUCCCUGGAUGUGCACUUGCUGGACUCAGAGAAUCAGAGCUGGGAAGCUGUUGCCACAACUAGCAUGUCAUCCAAAACAAUGCCAACGAAUCCAGCUUCUCGAGGCUGUCAAGCAACAGCAGUUGUUGGCAACAGCAUCUAUUUGAUCGGAGGAUACGGAGGCGGCAAGACUCUGGAUGAGGUCCUUGAGCUGGACACUGCCACCAAGCAGUGGAGGCAGGUGGAAGCCACUGGCACGGGCCCAGGGGCAGUCUCUGGGGCCACAGCCACAGCAGUGGGGGACAAAAUCUAUGUUUUUGGAGGUGCCGGCAGCGACCACAACCCAAGGAACUCUGUGCAUAUUCUGGACACGAUAGAGCACACGUGGCUCACACCCCACAUAUUGGGGGAUCCCCCUCCAGCACGCUGCGCGCACUCAGCCACUCUGGUAGGGCCAGCCCCCUCAAAAGCAGAGCUAGACCCUGACACUACGCCCCUGGCUGGCGAUCGGAUCCUGAUGUUGGGGGGGUAUGGAGCCAAGCCUCUAGGGGACGCCUGGUUCUUGGAAGUGGCCACUCCCUAUGUCAAGGAGCAGAUGCAACAGCGGGGAGAGGCUGUUGUGGCUUGGAGUCCGGUGGCAGCAGGCACAUCUGUGCAGACUCCUGAGCGGCGCCCGGUGGUGAUCUGCGGUCCUUCCGGGGUGGGCAAGGGCACACUCAUCAACAAGUUGAUGGCCGAGUUCCCAGGGCAGCUUGGGUUUUCCGUGAGCCACACGACGAGGAAGCCGCGGAAAGGAGAGGAGAACGGAAAGCAUUACCACUUCACAGAAAAGGCAGACUUUGAGCGGGAGAUUGCGGCUGGCAAGUUUCUAGAGUACGCGCACGUGCACGACAACAUCUACGGUACGAGCAUUGCAGCCGUGGAGGCGGUCGGGGCUGCGGGGCGCACCUGCAUCCUGGACAUUGACGUGCAGGGGGCGCAGCUGGUCAAGAACAGCACGCUGGAGGCGCUCUUCGUAUUCAUUUUGCCGCCGUCCGAAGAAGAACUUGAGAAGCGGUUGCGUGGCAGGGGCUCGGAGGACGAGGAGCAGGUGCAGAAGCGGCUGCGCGCGGCGCGGGGGGAGAUGGCGCGCGCCUCAGACGCGUCGCUCUUCAACCACACGCUUGUGAACGACGACCUCGACAAGUGCUACGCGAGCCUCAAGCAGCUGCUCGGGCUUGCACCGGGAGAGGCAACUGCGGAAGGGCUGCCAGGGCCGUGCUCUGGCCACACCUCUACGGCAAUGGGCGACCGGGUGCUGGUGUACGGGGGUGUUGCGGACGGGCCUGCACCUCUCUCGGACGUCCACCUGCUUGAUGUUUCCAACCUCACCGGAGGCGCGCCGGAAGCGACGACAGGCUUGCGGGGCAGAAAACUGUCGAGAGCGGACUUCAAUUUCGACCGGGCGUUUGUACCGGAGGCACGUUACAAUCACAAGGCUGUGGCGUUGUCAAAAUUUGAAGUGCUACUUGUCGGAGGAUACGAUGGGGCGAAUGCGUUGGGGAACACGGCGGUUUUGCGUCUGGCAGAGGUGGAAAGAUCAUGGCAGGGCUGCCUUUCUUAAGGCUGCCAUCGGAGUUGUGGCCAUGCUGACAACUGUACCUUAUUGAAGGGAUGCAUAUCUUAAUGCUUCAUUGUUAGUUACCAAGCUACCCGGGCGGAGGUGAGCCUACUUUUGCAGGCACGGAGCCUUUCGAGGCCCGAAGAUGAGUCUGUAGUAUUAUGGGAUAUGAAACAUGACCUGCUUGUUGUCAGGGAAACAGUAUGGAACGAUACGUUACGUGGCAGGUAUCAACAAAUUUGCGGAGAAUUGGCUUCGGGUUUAGUGGACCC